GUCACGGACACGCCCCCUUCUUGCCCUCCGCUCGCCGGCUGCGUGAACGAGAGGAAGAAGACGGCGUGAACUUGAACGCAGCCUUGUCGGUCCAGUCCACGCGAGGGGAGUACACGGCAGGCACGCGCGCCAGGAGGCCACUCCGUCUUAUCACUCAGCGAGCACCUGGACUCAACCACCGUCUUUCUUUUUUUUUUUUAUUUUGUUGUUGUAGUUUUUUUUGAGGAAGGGAAGCAGCGCGCAGGCGUCGACGCGAUGUCCAGACGCAAACUUGGCAGCAGACCGCAGCACCUGAGUGCAAUUCACGAAUCUCCUGACACGGUGGACGCAAGCGUCUGCCUGCCACAGGACCACCUAGCGGCCCCACACAUCCUGGCCCCCGACGGGGGCGGCGACGGCGACCUCCUGACCUGCGGCCAGUGCAGCCGGGCCUUCCCCCUGGCGCACAUCCUGGCCUUCAUCCAGCACAAACAGGGCGGCUGUCUCCCCCGAAACCAAGGCUCCGACGCCCGGGCCGCGCCCCCCUCGCCUGCCCGCCAGGCCCUGCAACAGCAUUGCGCCGCCGUCCCCGCCUCUGUCAGAACCGCCGUCGCCGCGCUCGGACCGGGCUUCAUCGAGCUGAGGAGGGAGGAGGGGGCGUCCGGGGACCGAGUGUGGGGGGCGGAGCUUGACGUGAAGGUGAAGGUGGAGCCCGGCAAAGCAGGGUCCGAGGAGCCCUCUUACUUCACCUGCCAGCAGUGUGAGAGUGUGUUGCCCUCAGCCUGGGCCCUGCUGCAGCACGCCCAGCACACGCACUCCUUCAGCAUCUACUUGGAGGACGACGACGACGUCCGAGUGAGAUGCGGCUUGAAAGAGAACAAACAUGUCGCGGCCACGUUAGACCCUCGCCGCUUGAGCCAAGCGCUCGCUUCUGCCUUCCAGCCCUCCACCCUGCGCCUAGCUCGCACCCGCCCGACGGCUGCCGCCCUGCACCCCAACAACCUACAGGCUCUAAACUUCUCUGAGCGGCUGAGGGAGCUCGCUGUGGGCACCAACAAUGUCAAUAACAACAACAUCCCUGUCGUCGGCUCGCCAGGAGGGCUGGCGCCAUCCCCGUCCUCCUCCCCGCCUGCGGCGUCACCUUUUCCUCAAACAGGAAUCCUACAGAACGACUUCCACUGCGAGCUGUGCAACCACAGCUUCCAGUCCCUGCGCGCCCUCUCCGCCCACCGCCGGACUCACGCCUGCGAGAGGCCGUACCACUGCGGAGUGUGCGGCCAGGCCUUCUCCCAGAGCGGUCAGCUGGCCCGGCACAUCAGGAGCCACCACCGGGAGGCUGCAGGGAGCGGCUACGACUCAGCAGACAUGAUGCUGAUUGAGUCCACCAGGGGGAGGUUUCAAAUACAGCCAGGGAAGGCUAUGAUGGAUGUGAGAGCACAAGGCCCCUCAGAAUUGGACAUGACCAUGCCCAAGCACCCCACCAUCGCUUCAAGCCUGAUGAUGCUCCCCUCGCAGGUCAGACCUCCAGACAGAGACGUGCUGAGGCUCUACCAGACCCAGCGGGACACUGGUGAGGAGGAGGUUGAGACUCAGGGGGAGCCGCGGCACAACUCCCCCUGCGCCAGCCCCUCCGAGGGAUCCCUGGAGAGUGGCGAGACAGGCGGCAGCGGCGAGAGCGGCAUUGCGAGCGGGAACUGUACGCCCAAGCGGCCCGAGAUCAGCGAACAGCCCGAGAUCAUCGACUUUAGCUCGCCCAAAGUUAGCGAGGCGGUGCAGGAGUGGCAGAGAGACAACGAGCGUAGGAACACCGGCGGAGGAAGCACCAACGUGAUGUCCGGCUCAGCCGCCAAGAAAAAGAAGGACGAGGCCUGCGAGUACUGCGGCAAGCAGUUCCGCAACAGCAGCAACCUGACGGUGCACCGCCGCAGCCACACUGGUGAGCGGCCAUACCGUUGCGGCCUCUGCAGCUACGCCUGCGCUCAGAGUUCCAAGCUGACGCGGCACAUGAAGACGCACGGCGCCCAGGGAGCCAAGGCGCCCUUUUUGUGCCAGCUGUGCGCCGUGCCUUUCACAGUCUACGCCACCCUGGAGAAGCACCUGAAGAAGGUGCACGGCCUCAGCCACGCCAGCGUGGGCACCUACGCCCAGGCGAGCGCCGCCGACACCCUGUCUGCCUUAAAGGCCGAAGAGGUUGUGAAGAUGGAGGAAGAGGAAGCCAGUCUGGAUCAGCUUGCCACCAUGGCGAAGGAAAGACUAGGUCAGGAGGUGGGGAACACAGGGGGUCCAGCCAUGAUGGAAGGAGCUGUGGCUUUGACUCCAACUCCCUGAGAGCCCCUUUCAAACUAAAGCAAGAUUGAACUGGCCCCACAAUAAAGUCAACCAGUCACUCACUCACUCACUCACUCAUCUGAAAGAUGAUCCAUGUGAAAACUGGAGUAGAAAAAGAGGGGAACCUAAGCGGUCGUAUCCAAAAAAACAAAAAAAACAAAAAAGAAAAGAAAAAAAGAGAAAAAAUUAAUGCGGCUGGCUGAGAAAGUGCCUACAUGUGUGACCGCAGAACGAAACGGUGACAUUCAACAAGGACAUUACUGGCGCUGCAGAACAGGAAGUGAGCUGCCAUAGUCCCAGCCAACACAGGAAACCCCAUCGCCACACGUUGCAGGUGAUGCAAAGAUGCCAUUUGUUGCUCUUUGUGUGGCCCGUCAAAUGACCUAUGACUGUCAAAUCUUAGAAAUAACUGAUGGUAACUAGAUAAUAAUUUCCUGUCGGGAAAGUCUUUUAAAGACUGGGAUCCAAACGCAAACACUGUCUGCAGUGUGCCAACUUUCUUUUUCAAGGCCCUUGUUGCUCAUCUCUAAACGCCAUGUUUACAAGCCUCACGGGAGCCCCGGCGAGGUUGCGCUGCUGACUUCUCGUGACAAAUGUGAAGAGACUUUCUCGUGUGUGAGCUCUUACAGGAUUACUUUCUAUGCAGCAAAACUGUUAUUCGCCCCCUGCGUGUGAAACGGGUGUAUAUUACCUUUCUGUUCUUGUUGUUUACAUUUGAAAAAUUUGGAGCCUGUGCAUGUUUUACAGCUCUUAUUUCCUAGUUCUGUGUGCGUGUUUUUUAAAAUAAUUUCUAAUUUAUGAACGUUGCACCUUGGUGGUUGUGGAAGUAAGAGUGGAGUAGCGCACUUAAUUGAUUGAGCGAGCUUUUAUCCGUGUGUGUGCAACGUCAUUUCUACUUUAGCUUUGUCCCAUGACCGCAUGCGUCCUUUUGGAUCAUUUUGUCCAGAACUCAACUAAACACGUUUGUCUUGUGUGCGUGUGUCGCAAGACGGGUAUGAGUGUGUGUGUGUGUGUGAGAGAGAGAGAGGUAUUCAAUUCAAGGUAUCAGAGAGACUGUGUACUGUUUUCUGUGUGCGUUGUAGAGACGUGUGUAAUGUGUGAGAGAAUAUGUGAUUGUUAGCCUGUGAGACAGUGAUGACAGAAUAGAUGGGGGUAGAGAGAGAGAGAGAGAGAGAGAGAGAGUGACACUGUCCAUCUAUAUCAGGGACACCAAAACAAUGAGCGUUGUGUAAAAGCAGUGUAACUGUUCAGGGAUCAUAUUUUGUACAUAGAUUGACAAUCUUGCUGUAAUUGUUAUCAUAUUCUGACUGCCUGUCGCUGUUACAUACCCGCAAACCUUUGUCUACUUGUCGGCUCAACCUUUGCCUGUCUAACAGUUUUAUAACUUAGUCAUGAGGAGCCUCAAUAAAGAGCUGAGGUGUA